GAUAGCUAAUAUUAGUCAUCACGAGAUAAAUAUUUGAUAUCGCAAGCUGUUUGGCUAACAUCAACCAGAUAUUAGCAUUGUAGGCAAUGUAGGUUCGACGUUAUAUAGAUAGAGUUCAGCCUGUCCGCAUUAACGAAUAAAGGAACUGUCUAAUUACACAGCUGUCAAAAGGAACAAAUAAACACCAACAACAAAGGAGAACAGGCAUGUCUUUUACGUGGCGACGUUGCAGGGUAUUCAGAAUAAAGGGAUUCAGCUACAGAUCCCAGGUCACUGGAGUAUAAUAGACUAUAACAGAGUAUGGCACGUACUACAGAGUGUAACAGGCUAUAACAGAAUAUAACAGACUAUAACAGAAUACAACAUAGUAUAACAGACUAUAACAGAGUAUAACAGACUACUACAGAGUAUAAAAGACUAACUGUAUUACAGACUACAACAGAAUAGAACAGUAUAACAGAGUAUGGAAUGUACUUCAGAGUAUAACAGACUAUAACAAAGUAUUACAGACUAUAACAGAGUAUAACUAUACAAUGGAGUGUACUACAGAGUAUAGCUUAACUAUACUCCGCUUUACAGGUGUGUUCUAGCUGUUUAUUAUAUUAACGAUUGUUAUCUUACAUUCGCUCACCAAAGAGACAGUCAACACAGUCUUAUUUCCCUGAUUCUACAAUAAAUGGAAACAUACAGAUAAAUGUACACGAUACAGAGUAGGUGGUCUGCGGUAACGUAGCAAGAUAGUAUGCAAGACAACGAUGUGUUACUGGGCAAAAGUCCAGCCCAGUUCCGGAACAAAUUAUUAUAUAGGUUAAACAAACAAAGCAUAAUCUGUUGUUUCUUAUUACUCUUAAGUAAUAAAUGGCUCCUGUAGAUCUGUUGUAGAUCUAUUGUGUCGUGUAGUUAUACUGAGUAUGUUAUCAUCUUCGGCGACCGCAUCGUACUGAUAUUGAGUAUAGCCGCACUCCCUCUUGUGCGAUAUAAAGUUUUUAUAUAAUGAAUUGUAGAAUACCCUAUUUGUAGCCUACAUAAUAAUUAGGUUUUCUAGAAUGAUUUGGAAAAACAAAAUUAAAAGGAAGAUAGAUGGAAAUAGUGUAGGAAAAUAUUUGUCAGUAGCUUUUCAGUAGUUUCAGUAGCUUUUAUUUUAUGCACUCAGGCUUCCUUUGAUCUUUCUUUGAUCUCAUUUUCACUUCCCCCAGCAAGCCCAGGAGCUAAUAAUCCUUAGCUGCUGUUUUUGGGUCAAGAUGACUCAGUGUAGGUCAGUGGUCUAUACUGAAAAACAGAAUGGUGUGUGUGUGUUCAUCAAGAGGUCUGAACCCCCUCCCCUUAAGUACCUAAAGUUGAUCAGGGAAUUAAAAGCUAUAAGACCUAUAUUAUUAGGAAAAUACAAAAAUAAACUCAGUACAAAACCCAGUGCUCGGUUUCAGUACAAUGACAUAUGAAAGUCUAUGGAAAAGUACAAUUAUGCAUAAAAACAUAACGUUGUGUUCCAUAUAAUACUCUGAACUGUUGUCUAAAAUAUAUAUGGUGUUAUUGCUAUAUGUGUCUCUGCACUCCAGAAUCAGCUGUGUUUACCUCUGGGCAUGUGAUUUAUCAUUUGAAGUAAUCACACUUUUUGCAAAUGAUGAUCUGACAGAACCUCUAAACCACUAACACCACCAUGUCUUCAGUCUUCUCUGAGAAGCGUAGCCAAGCCUCUGCAUGCAGGCUUUUUCAGUGCAGCGUGGUCUUGGUCUUGCAGUAGUAAACCAUCACCCAGUGAGUUGGUAGGCGUAUUCUUAUAGGCAGAAGAUAAGUGUCUGCAGUUCUGAAUUCAUCUUAAUACAAAGUAUAAAAUAUAUGAUACGCAGAAUGCUUAUAAAGAAAAGGUGCUGUUUCAUGCCUGCGUUUUGUCUUUAAUUAAACCUGGGAAUGCUUGAAAUGUAAAUUGACUUCACUGUCCUAGAUCUUAGGUUAUGGAGGGCACAGUAGGCCUACAGCAAGUGGGCGUUUAAGUUCAUUUUUAACCAGUAGCCCAGUUAAAACGUAGGCAGUACUUUAAACUGUAAUGGUAGACGUGCAUGUGAUUACGAGGCAUAACCGCCUCUGGUGUGUAAUUAGUAUUAGUUUAAUUGUGAAACAUAGCGCUACAGGACGCUUUAAAAAUCGUGUUUUCUGACGCUUAAUAUUGGCGGUCACGACCAGAAUUAACCUUAGGCGACUGCAGAGGAUCGUGCCUUAAUUACAGUCAGCUGGUUUGCAUUUAAACACCCACUUAAAGCCUCGACUAUAAUACCGUUCAAGUCUUUUUUUUUUUUUUUUUUUUUUUGUCUUGUGGUUGUCCGAAGAAGCGAUUUCCCCUUCUCUGCUAAGGUAAUUAUCCAUCGUUGACGGCUGAAUCAUGAAUGGUUUACCUGAGGUGACUCGACAGUACUGUAGUCUACAUGUAACGCUUUCAGGGUCGGUCAGGAUAAUAUCCGUUAUAAAAAUGAACAAAACAGAAAAGCCUGUGUCGAGUCUUUGGGGUUGCGAGCUUACCGAGUCAAACAAGGAAGAGUCUUUUAAGGCGGACGACACAAACCAUCAGCACCAGCUUGCGUUAAGAACAAUGUGCUUGGGCCACACUGCAAAAGACGAGUUCAACAUCAUUGAGCUGGUUACCGGCGAGGGCAAGGCCCGUGCCAAAGCUGUCCCAAUUGCCACUUUACACGCCAAGUCGAUGCCUACAGUAAGUGAACUUGAGCUCACCUCGCAUUUAUUUCACUACCACACAAAUUCUGAAUCCCCUGUCUCCAUCGACAUCUGUCAGGUCAAUUUGUCCGGUUUAGAUUUGCAUCCUCCUGUGACCUUUCGACUGAAGCAUGGCUCAGGACCCGUAUAUGUUGGAGCUGAGCACGUGGCCUUGGAAGACUACUCUGAUGAAGAGGAGGGCGAGGAGGAGAUGGAUGAGGAGGUAGAGGAAGAGGAGGAGGAUAUCGAAGAGUCACCUGUGAAAAAAGUCACAAAAAAUGGUGCUAGCAAAAGAAAGAAGCCAGAGAAGGGAGACGAUGAGGGUGAUGCAUCAGAGGGUGAAAACAAUCCCCCUAAAAAGGGAAAAGGAAGAGGGAGAAAGCCAGUGAGUGCGAGGGUUUGACUGUGGCCCUGAUGACGUCUCGAACCUCCAGAGUGAAUGUGUGUUCUGCGCUCCUGUGAGCAGGGCGGGUGAUGCUUCAUGGUCAAUACUGAAGUAUUAAUUGGAUAUCAAUAUUAAUUGUGCUUUGUUGUAUCCUGUUACCAUUACACUGCAGCCAUACUUGGGCUUUUUUUUCCAA